GUUUGCAUGUUCUUCUCGGCGAGCGGGGAUGUAGGUGGGAUUGCGAGAAUCGAAAAGGUUGGAGAUCCCACACGCUCAGCUUCCGAGAAAGUACGUUUUACAAUCAUUUCUUAUUAUACUUCCCGCUUGUUCUAUACAGGCGAGGACUAUGUUAAUUUAAUUGGUUUAGUGUAAGGUUUUUUCCCUUUAUUUUUUUUACAUCAAGCUCUACGGUAAGCUUGGAGACGGACGGCUUGGACAGUGGGAGCCCUCCCCUACACUCGGAACCGCUUUGUUUUGUAGGUUGCCAGUGAAAGGAUGCGGAUGAGGGCUGAGGUUUAGAGCGAGAGCCAGGGCUCUAGGGCCUGCCUGUGAUUGGCUGGCCGAUUCGUCCACAGCGGGGAGGUGCCACCUCACCUGGGCUCAGAGCAGACUGUGAGAACCUAUCGGCUCCCCCUCCUCUGCUCGCCCCCUGUCCCCCCUCCCGCCCCCCCCAGCCCUGCACGCACUGGACCAUGUCUAGCGGACGGUCGGAGGGAAGCCGAGACCGGACAGCCGAGGCCCUGGAGCGGAACAGCUGCACGGAGGAUGUCCCUGUCGUCGAGCGCAGGAACCGCAGUGGCAUCAUCAGUGAGCCCCUGAGUAAGAGCCUUAAGAGGUCCCGCACCCUCUCCCAGUACACAGCCGCCUGCCCCACCAACACUAAUGGACACGCACACCACAACGGAGAGGCCAAGAGCCACCCGGCCAAGCCCCAGCCGCCCCCACAGCCCCAGCCCACCGUCUCAGCGCUGGCGGCAGCCAAGCUGGACCGGACCCUGGAGCAGGUCUUGGAGGGACAGAACGGCCUGCUGCACUUUGCCCAGGCGGCGGAGCUGCUAAAGAGGGCUGGGAUGGAGCACAUGCUGCUGCCGGGGGGGAUGGGGAUGGGGAUGGGGGGGUAGCGAUUCAGGCUCAGGGGCAAGCGACUUGGAGGGUGCGUCUGCUGUGGACUCUGUUGGCGGUGUUGCGGACUUCCCGUACGGUGUUGGAGGCGGCUUCCCGUUCAACCCGGGGCUGUUCAUCAUGACACCGGCAGGAGUGUUCUUGGCCGACAGCGCGCUGCACAUGGCCGGCCUGGCCGAGUACCCGGCGCAGAGCGAGCUGGCCUCGGCCAUCAACUCCGGCAAAAAGAAGCGGAAACGCUGCGGCAUGUGCCCGCCCUGCCGCCGGCGGAUUAACUGCGAGACGUGCAGCAGCUGCCGGAACCGCAAAACGGGCCACCAGAUCUGCAAGUUCCGCAAAUGUGAGGAGCUGAAAAAGAAACCGUCUGCCGCUCUGGAGAAGGUGAUGCUUCCUACAGGAGCAGCAUUCCGAUGGUUCCAGUAAGACUCUGACCCUCCUCCACCCUUACCCCCUUACCCCCUUACCUACCCAAACCCAAAGCUCUGCGAUCAAGUGCAAUGCCAACUCUCGCUUGGAUUGUCUCGGCAGGGACACUGGCUGACAAGCAAACAAACAACAAAAAUAUACAAAAGAACUCAACAGAAAUGAUACAAAAAAAUAAUCAAUUGAGUAAUGGAUGCACCUGCUUAUUCCUUGAACCAAAAAUUGAACAUAAAGAAAAAUAUCUAUGGCAACUUUCAUUCCCUUUUCUAUGUUUCCAUUUUGGUACCUUUUGUCCUUUUUCCAGCAGGUUUUUUCUGUCUCUCAGACAUGGAACUGUUCGUUGCCAAACAGAAAUGACGGACUGAGUGUGGACAAUCAACUCAUUUGUGUGUUUGGUGUUAAUGUUGUUCACGUGUGGAAAGAUACAGUACUUGUGUAGAGAAUGUACAUUUACGGCUAUAUUUUCAAACUAGUGGCUAACGGCAGGCACUAUUGUAAUUUUAGCUCCAUUGUUCUUAAACUUAAAGCCUUGUCUAUUUGAUGAUUUUGUUUUUUGUUUUACAAAUAUUGUUUUGGAAAACGGAUCGCUGGUUGUCUUGUAAAAGAACAAGGAGAUAUUUCAAAAUGUAAAAAUACUUAUCGAAAUGAAAUAGCAACUGUUAUCCCAUCAGGCAGAAGUCCAGAGAACUGGAAUCUCCCCAACCAACAAACCAACCAACCAACAAAGCAACCAACCAACCAACCAACCAACAAAGCAACCAACCAACCAACCAACAAACCAACCAUCCAACCAACCGUGUUUUCCACGCCUGUAUUUCCAAGCUUUUUAUUUUGUGAAACUGGCAGCCUUUACGUUCCUGUGGCCCAAACUAGUGUGUGUCAUGAGGAUUCCCAACGCAGAGGGCGACAGCACUAGGAGACAGCACUUCCAUUUGGAAUAGCACAGAGGGUGACAGCACUAGGAGACAGCACUUCCAUUUGGAAUAGCUUAGCUCUGGGUCUACCCAUUUGAACGCACUGAAAAAAGAUUUCUUUGUUUUUUUUUUCUUUGUUUUUUUUUGGAUUAUGUUGCUGGUAGCUACAUCUUUUAAAACAACAGCGAUGUUUGUAUUCAUUUAGAAAAUUGGACUGGUUUUGUGAAUAAAAACGAAUGCAUGUAUUUUGUGUCAAAAUUUACAGUUCUGAUGUUUGUUUACUUGUCUUUGCAUGUUUUUUUUUCUAAAACAAUGACGGAAUUUAGAAAAUUCUGAAGUAUGAAAAUGUCCAGUAAUAUUAAACAUUUGUUCCAUUUUCAUAUCAUUGGAUAUAAUAAUAAAAAAUGGAUGGGGUGGGAAAUACAACUCAUUAAAGCAGAAUCAGGAAAUGGUGAGUUUCACCAUGA